AUGUCCGGUUAUCCCGCAGCAGCAGGAGGGGGCCACUACGAGGAGGGCUACGGCCACCAGCAAGAGCAUGGUGACUCGUACUACCAAGACGAGCAUGGCCAGGCUUAUUAUGAUCAUGAAAAUUAUGGUGAUAGUUACUAUGAUAGAGGAAAUCAUUACAACGCCGAGGGAGGCCAAGGGUAUCAACAAGAAGGCGGUUACUAUGAUGGUGGCCACCAAGACGAGUACUACGGCGACCAAUACUAUGACCAGGGCAACCAUGGCGGCAAUGGCAGACGCCGCGGCGAGUCCGAAGAGGAUUCCGAAACAUUCAGCGACUUCACCAUGAGAUCCGAGACUGCUCGAGCGGCUGACAUGGAUUACUACGGCCGCGGCGAUGAGCGUUACAAUAGUUACGCCGACAGCCAGUAUGGUGGUCGUGGUGGAUAUGGCGGCGGUUACCGGCCACCUUCCUCCCAAGUCUCCUAUGGUGCCAACCGUUCUUCCGGGGCCUCCACCCCCGUGUACGGCAUGGACUACGGUGGUGCUCUACCUGCUGGUCAGCGCUCGCGGGAGCCCUUCCCCGCCUGGGCCUCGGACGGUCAGGUGCCUGUUUCCAAGGAAGAAAUCGAGGAUAUCUUCAUCGACCUGGUCAACAAGUUCGGUUUCCAGCGGGACAGCAUGCGCAAUAUGUACGACCACUUGAUGACACAGCUGGAUUCCAGAGCUUCUCGUAUGACCCCUAACCAGGCUCUCUUGUCGCUCCACGCCGACUACAUUGGUGGUGACAACGCGAACUACCGCCGGUGGUACUUUUCUGCUCAUUUGGAUCUGGAUGACGCCGUUGGUUUCGCGAACAUGAAGCUUGGAAAGGCCGAUCGUAAGACGAGAAAAGCUCGCGCCGCGGCCAAAAAGGCUGCCCAGCAAAAUCCCGAGAAUGUUGAAGAGAACCUCGAGGCUUUGGAGGGAGACAACAGUCUGGAAGCUGCCGAAUAUCGGUGGAAGACCCGGAUGAACCGCAUGUCUCAGCAUGAUAGAGUACGCCAGAUUGCCCUUUAUCUGCUGUGCUGGGGUGAGGCCAACCAGGUCCGUUACUUGCCGGAAUGCCUCUGCUUCAUCUUCAAGUGCGCCGAUGACUACUACAGCUCUCCCGAGUGUCAGAACCGGGUUGAGCCCGUGGAAGAGCUCACAUAUCUGAAUGAAAUCAUCACCCCCUUGUACCAGUUCUGCCGUGAUCAAGGUUACGAGAUCUCAGAUGGCAAGUAUGUUCGUCGCGAGCGUGAUCACGACAAGAUCAUCGGUUAUGAUGAUAUGAACCAGCUUUUCUGGUACCCCGAGGGCAUUGAGCGCAUUUCGUUCGAGGAUAAGACCCGCCUGGUGGAUGUCCCGCCCGCGGAGAGAUGGACAAAGCUGAAGGAUGUGGACUGGAAGAAGGCCUUCUUCAAGACCUACCGCGAGACACGUUCCUGGUUCCAUCUGGUGACCAACUUCAACCGUAUCUGGGUUAUCCAUCUUGGUGCUUUCUGGUUCUUCACUGCUUACAACGCCCCGACGCUUUACACCACCGACUACCAACAGCAGUUGGACAACAAACCGCCAGGCUCUUAUUACUGGUCUGCUGUUGGUUUCGGAGGUGCUCUGGUUUCCUUCAUUCAGAUCAUGGCUACCAUUUGUGAAUGGAUGUAUGUCCCUCGCCGAUGGGCUGGCGCGCAGCAUCUCACUAAGCGGCUGUUCUUCCUCUUGGCCGUUUUCAUCGUCAAUCUUGCUCCUGGUGUUGUUGUCUUCGGAUUCAAGAAAACCAUCGGCGAGACGAUUGCUCUCGUCAUCGGUAUCGUCCACUUCUUCAUCGCCUUAGCUACGUUCUUCUUCUUCUCUGUCAUGCCGCUUGGUGGUCUCUUUGGUAGUUAUAUGAAGAAGCACGGACGUCAAUACGUUGCCAGUCAGACGUUCACGGCUAGCUUCCCUCGUCUCACCGGUAACGACAUGUGGAUGUCUUACGGUCUCUGGAUUUGUGUCUUUGGUGCCAAGCUGGUUGAGUCCUACUUCUUCCUGACCUUGUCCCUGAAGGAUCCUAUCCGUAUCCUGUCGCCCAUGCGCAUUCACCAGUGUGCGGGUGUCACUUAUAUCCCCAACGUGCUCUGCCACCGUCAGCCUCAGAUUCUCCUGGGUCUGAUGUUCUUCAUGGACUUGACGCUCUUCUUCCUCGACAGUUACCUGUGGUACGUUAUCUGUAACACGAUCUUCUCCGUCGCCAGGUCGUUCUACCUCGGUGUCUCGAUCUGGUCGCCCUGGAGAAAUGUCUUCUCUCGCCUGCCCAAGCGUAUCUACUCGAAGGUGCUCGCUACGACCGACAUGGAAAUCAAGUACAAGCCCAAGGUUCUCAUCUCACAGGUAUGGAACGCUAUCAUCAUUUCCAUGUAUAGAGAGCACCUUUUGGCCAUCGACCACGUCCAGAAGUUGCUCUACCACCAGGUUCCUUCCGAAGUCGAAGGCAAGCGGACUCUUCGUGCCCCUACCUUUUUCGUCUCGCAGGAAGAUCAGUCUUUCAAGACUGAGUUCUUUCCCGCUGGUAGCGAGGCCGAACGUCGUAUCUCCUUCUUCGCCCAAUCCUUGUCCACGCCUAUGCCCGAGCCGCUCCCGGUCGACAACAUGCCCACUUUUACCGUCCUCAUUCCUCACUACGGUGAAAAGAUUCUGCUGUCCCUGCGUGAGAUUAUUCGUGAGGAUGAGCCCUACUCCCGUGUUACUCUGCUGGAAUACCUUAAGCAACUUCACCCUCACGAGUGGGAUUGCUUCGUCAAGGACACCAAGAUUCUGGCGGACGAGACCUCGCAGUUCAACGGUGACCAGGAGAAGAGCGAAAAGGAUGCUCAGAAGAGUAAGAUUGAUGACCUGCCAUUCUACUGCGUUGGUUUCAAGUCCGCCGCUCCUGAGUACACUCUUCGCACUCGUAUCUGGUCUUCGCUACGCUCCCAAACGCUUUACAGAACUAUCUCCGGUUUCAUGAACUUCAGCCGCGCCAUCAAGCUCCUGUAUCGUGUCGAGAACCCCGAAGUCGUCCAGAUGUUUGGUGGUAACUCAGAGAAGCUUGAGCGUGAGCUUGAACGUAUGGCCCGCCGCAAGUUCAAGCUCUGCGUUUCCAUGCAACGCUAUGCCAAGUUCAACAAGGAAGAGCGCGAGAACACCGAGUUCCUUCUGCGUGCCUACCCAGACCUCCAGAUCGCUUAUCUUGAUGAGGAGGCUCCGGCCGAGGAGGGCGAGGAGCCCCGUCUGUACUCUGCUCUGAUUGACGGACACUGCGAGCUUCUCGACAAUGGAAUGCGCAAGCCCAAGUUCAGAAUCCAACUUUCUGGUAAUCCUAUUCUUGGUGACGGAAAGUCUGACAACCAGAACCACUCUAUCAUUUUCUACCGCGGUGAAUACAUCCAGGUCAUCGACGCCAACCAGGACAACUACCUGGAGGAGUGCUUGAAGAUCCGCAGUGUUCUGGCCGAAUUCGAGGAACUGACCACUGACAACGUUUCUCCUUAUACUCCUGGUGUGCCCUCCGCUACUACGACCCCGGUUGCUAUUCUCGGAGCCCGUGAAUACAUCUUUUCUGAGAAUAUUGGUCUGCUUGGUGACGUUGCUGCCAGUAAGGAACAGACAUUCGGUACUUUGUUCGCGCGUACUCUCGCCCAAAUUGGUGGAAAGCUGCACUACGGUCACCCUGAUUUCCUGAACGGUAUUUUCAUGACGACCCGUGGCGGUAUUUCGAAGGCUCAAAAGGGUCUGCACCUUAACGAGGACAUUUAUGCUGGUAUGACAGUUCUGCUCCGUGGUGGACGUAUCAAGCAUUGCGAGUACUUCCAGUGCGGUAAGGGUCGUGAUCUUGGUUUUGGCUCCAUUCUGAACUUCACCACCAAGAUUGGUACUGGUAUGGGUGAGCAGAUGCUGUCCAGAGAAUACUAUUAUCUUGGAACUCAGCUGCCUCUCGAUCGUUUCUUGUCUUUCUACUAUGCCCACCCUGGUUUCCACAUUAACAACAUGUUCAUUAUGCUGUCUGUGCAGAUGUUCAUGAUCGUUCUUGUCAACCUCGGUGCCUUGAGACAUGAGACCAUCACCUGCAAGUACAACUCCGACCUGCCGAUCACCGACCCUCUCCGUCCCACGUACUGUGCUGACCUGAAGCCUAUCGUGAACUGGGUCAACCGCUGUGUUAUCUCCAUCUUCAUUGUCUUCUUCAUCUCCUUCGUUCCCCUGGCUGUCCAAGAAUUGACUGAGAGAGGUGUGUGGCGCAUGGCGACUCGUCUUGCGAAGCACUUUGGUUCCUUCUCUUUCAUGUUCGAGGUGUUCGUCUGUCAGAUCUAUGCCAAUGCUGUCCACCAAAACUUGUCUUUCGGCGGUGCUCGUUACAUCGGUACUGGCCGUGGUUUCGCAACGGCUCGUAUUCCUUUCGGUGUCCUCUACUCGCGUUUCGCCGGUCCCUCCAUCUACGCUGGUUCUCGUCAGCUUCUGAUGCUGUUGUUCGCGACUUCAACUGUCUGGACUGCCGCUCUGAUCUGGUUCUGGGUUUCACUGCUGGCCCUGGUGAUCUCUCCAUUCUUGUUCAACCCUCACCAGUUCGCUUGGCACGAUUUCUUCAUCGAUUACCGUGAUUACAUCCGCUGGCUGUCCCGUGGUAACUCCCGCUCACAUGCCUCUUCCUGGAUUGCCUUCUGUCGCUUGUCUCGUACCCGCAUUACUGGUUACAAGCGCAAGCUUCUUGGUGUUCCUUCGGAGAAGGGAUCCGGCGAUGUUCCCCGAGCUCGCAUCUCGAACAUCUUCUUCAGUGAAAUCAUCGCCCCUCUGGUGGUCGUUGGUGUUACCCUCGUGCCAUACUUGUACAUCAACUCGAGAACCGGUAUCUCGAACGACAACAAGCAUGCUUCCAACGCGAUCGUCCGUAUCGCCAUCGUUGCCUUCGGUCCGAUUGCCAUCAACGCCGGUGUUGCGGGUAUGUUCUUCGGUUUGGCUUGUUGUAUGGGUCCCAUCUUCAGCAUGUGCUGCAAGAAGUUCGGUGCUGUCUUGGCUGCCAUUGCUCACGCCAUUGCCGUGAUUGUCCUUCUGGCUAUCUUUGAGGUCAUGUUCUUCCUCGAGUCUUGGUCUUGGCCUAGAUGUGUGAUGGGCAUGAUUGCCAUGGCUGCCAUCCAACGGUUCAUCUACAAGCUCAUCAUCUCGCUUGCUCUCACCAGAGAGUUCAAGAAUGACCAGUCCAACAUCGCCUGGUGGACGGGUAAGUGGUAUAGCAUGGGCUGGCAUACUCUUUCCCAGCCUGGCCGUGAGUUCCUGUGUAAGAUAACGGAAUUGGGUUACUUCUCCGCCGACUUCGUAUUGGGCCAUAUUCUCCUGUUUGUCAUGUUGCCUGCUCUUUGCAUCCCUUACGUUGACAAGUUCCACUCGGUCAUUCUUUUCUGGCUGCGCCCGAGUCGGCAGAUUCGUCCUCCCAUUUAUACCCUGAAGCAGUCCAAGCUUCGCAAGCGGAGAGUCAUUCGUUUUGCUAUCUUGUACUUCACGAUGCUGGUUAUCUUCCUUAUCCUUCUCAUCGCCCCUCUCGUGGCUCGCAACCAGAACAUCAACCUGGGUUCAAGUCUUCCCAUGAACAUCAUGCAGCCCCUCGACAAGGACAACAAUGACACGAUUGCCAGUUACACGGGUAGAGGUCUCCCCGUCGGGUUCUCCGGCUGGACUCCUACCAACCCGGCUGCCACCGCCACCUCCAGCUACGUCUUCGUUCAGCGCCACGAGCGCCUCGUCAAUUUCGAGACCAUGGAUAUUCAGGAGACACAGCGGCUUCUUACGGAGUAUCUCCAUGAACUCGCUGCCUUGUUCCAUCGGGUUCCCGGCUCCGCGAUCUUCCUCCGUUAUGUGAAGUCCAGCUAUCAGAAUGACCCGAUCCGCUCGGCCGUGGAGCUGUUCUUGUUCCUGUUCGCCGUUCGCUACCUUCUUGCGCCGAAGUAUUCGACCAAGCCCGGUGUCGUCCAACUCUCGGAAGAUGAGAUUGAUGACUUGGUCGACGAAUGGACUCCGGAGCCGCUGGUCGGGAAGCCGACCCCCCUGGAGGCCAUGGAAGUGGACAAGCGUACUGUCAUCGUCGGCCCCGUAGGCCCGAAAUCCAAGCUCGCCAACGGCCGGACGGUCAUGAACCUGGGCUCGUACAAUUUCUACAACUUCAACACGAACGAAUCCCUCAAGGAGAAGGCGAUCCAGACCCUCCGCAACUACGGAGUCGGACCCUGUGGCCCGCGAGGCUUCUACGGUACCCAGGACGUGCACAUGAAGACCGAAGCCGACGUCGCCUCGUUCCUCGGCACCGCGUCCUGUAUCAUCUACGCCCAGGCCUUCUCGACCAUCUCCAGUGUGAUCCCGGCUUUCUCGAAGCGCGGGGACAUCAUCGUGGCCGACAAGGGGGUCAGCUUUGCGAUCCGCAAGGGUAUCCAGAUUUCGCGGAGUAUUGUCCGGUGGUACGAGCACAAUGACAUGGAGGAUCUGGAACGGGUCCUGGCCAAGGUGACCAAGGAGCAGGCGCGGAAGCCGCUCACCCGACGGUUCAUCAUCACUGAGGGUCUGUUCGAGUCGUACGGUGAUAUGGUUGACUUACCUAGAGUUAUCGAGCUGAAAUUGAAGUAUAAAUUUCGCCUCAUCCUCGACGAGACCUGGUCGUUUGGUGUUCUUGGACGCACCGGCCGUGGCGUGACGGAGCAUCAGAACGUUGACGCGGCAGAAGUCGACAUGAUCGUGGGGUCGCUGGCCGGCCCAUUGAUUGCUGGUGGAGGCUUCUGCGCGGGAUCGGAGGAGAUUGUGCACCACCAGCGGAUCUCCGCGGCGGCCUACACGUUCUCAGCCGCGUUGCCUGCUCUGCUGUCGACCACCGCGAGUGCCACGAUCAACAUGCUGCAAAAUAGCCCCGAGACGGUGACGCAGCUGCGGGAACACACCAAGGCCAUGUGGGCGCAGUUGGACCCUCGCAGCGAUUGGGUGUACUGCACCAGUGCCCCGGAGAAUCCCAUGAUGAUUCUGGUUCUCAAGCCCGAGGUGGUCCACGCGAAGAAGCUUUCCGAGGAUGAUCAACAAUUCUUGCUGCAGGAUAUCGUUGACGAGUGUCUUGCCAACGGCGUCCUUAUCAGCCGCCUCAAGACUCUCCAGGACAACUUCGAGCCGAAGCAGGUGGUGGAGCCUGCUUUGAAGGUCUGUGUGACGAUCGGCCUGACGCGAAAAGAGAUCGAGAAGGCGGGGACGAUCAUCCGCCACGCAAUUACGAAAGUCCUGAGCAAGAGGAAGUGA